AUGAACUGUAUGAUACAGAGCUCGCUUCUACCCAUGCUCUCAACAUUGCUCCUGCCUGGCAGGGUUCGCGGCCACCAGGCCCACCCUCGCAACAAGUUUUCCCGAGACGAGAAAUCGUAUAUGGAAUCUUCACAGAAGAGAAAAGAAACACAAGAGCGAGUCCCGUCUGGGAGGGAGCUGCGCUGCGAGGUUUUACUGAACUACGGUUCUUCUUGCUUUAUGGAAGGCUGCGGCUACUACGUAUCUUCAAAUCUAAACUUUUUUGUCUUUGCCGAAAUGAGCGAAUCUCUGUCUUUCUUCUCUCUUGAUAGUUGGCUGGAGCAUUGUAGUCAGACAAAACCAGAUCACUGCUUCCGAUUUGUCAGUGAAUAUGUGUUGUUAGAUGUCAUCUCUUUCUUAUACAAUAUUGUAUCCCCAGUCUACUUGACGUGA